UGGUCCCACUGCGCCUCCGAGUGAGCCGAGAUUUUUCUAUAUCGACCAUGGACGCCGGAAUGGUACUGAACUGGGAGGACCCAUUCCUGCCGAAAGCUGAGACGCGUGUCGUCCUGAACGCGAGCGAAAUGUGGGUGCCCGAACUCACGUCGAGCGGCGUGUCCGAGCACGUCCUCUCGGCCAAGUCCGCCGUCGGCGUCCUGGAGACCGUCGGCGAGGGCACCAACCGCGUCACCGCGGUGCGCAAGACGACGCUCCGGGGCUGGUGCUGGCCGUACCGGACCGAGGACUGGCCCCGCGACCAGGUGCACUGCGCGUUCAGCGUCAAGCCGGCGAGCGGGCAGUCCUUCAACCUGACGCACAGCUUGGACGUCAACUAUGUCGUCCAGUGGCACACGGAGCACGGCAAGUCCCCGAUCGAGCGGCUGGCCAACUGGCAGCUGCAGCGCCUCGACUCGAAGCUGUUCGUCGACCACGCGGUCGUCGUGGAGGCGGUGCUGCGCAGCCCGCGUAGAAAAGUAAGGCAUAAAGUUGUCAUAAUUUUGUCGCCUCUGGUAUUACUGGAUUAUCGAUUACUUAUGAGGAAUCUAUGACACAAAUUAUGACAAAUGUAUGACACCAAUUUAUGAGCAAUUUAUGACUUAAUUAUCACCGUCGCAACUGUCAUAAAACGUCUCAUAAUUUUCUCUGUAAAAAUGCAAUAAUUUUGUCCUCUAAUCGGGCACCUCCGACGUCAUCAAUCUCAUGACGUCACUCGCCUGCGCGGGCUGUUUGGUGUCCGGGAGGGGCGAAUUCAACUUCGUGUAAGUGUUGACGAUGGCAGGGGAAGAUCGACACAAUC